CCAAUCACUGAGCUUUGAUCAGUAGCAUCUAAUGACAUUAUCUUGCUUUUCUAAAAGACAUUAACGAUUCCAAGCAACUGACACCAUUAUACGAGAAGCGUUCUCUUUCCAUGGGAUGAGUAUUUUCUGCUGUUGAAGUUGAUCGAACUACAGCAAUCCACUAACAAUAUUGAUAUGGAGAACAACCCUAGUCCAUCCAAAGUUGACAGAAAAUUCAUCGAGAGGAAUAGAAGAAACCAAAUGAAAACUCUCUUCCGGAAACUCAACUCUCUUGUGCCUCAUCAAAGAUCAAGGGAGUCUAUUUCACUGCCGGAUCAGCUAGAAGAAGCCGCAGAAUACAUAAAGAAAUUACAGAUUAAUGCGGAGAAACUGAAGGACAAGAAGAACAUGCUACUGGGAAAUGAAAGGUCAAAUGGGAGAAUGUAUGGAGGAAAAAGCGUGGGGUUAAAAUCUCCACGGAUUGAGAUCCAACAAAUGGGUUCAGCCUUAGAGGUUGUUCUAAUAACUGGGUUGGAUUCUCAGUUCAUGUUCAGUGAAAUCAUUCGCGUUCUUGGUGAAGAAGAAGUGGAUAUCGUUAAUGCCAGUUAUAAAGUUAUUGGAGAUGCAGUUUUCCAUUCAAUACACUGUCAAUGAUUGAUCUUUGCUGAGUAUUGUUCAGGACGGGGAAUCGGCGAAAGGAGCUGCGAGGAUAUCUGAGAGACUAAAGAACUUUAUCUAUGAUUCUGGCUACGGUGCCUUUAAUGUGUAAUAUUGGUAUGCUAGCUGUACCUGUUUUUGGCAAUAUGAAUGCUUUCUUGUUUUAAUUUCUAGAGAAUAUCAUCAUUUUGGCUAGUAACCAAAUCCACAUUCUCUUU